AUGCCUGCCCUCGCCAAGCCCGCCGCCGCCGCACCGAAGGCGAAGCCCUCCGCCGCCAAGCCGAAGAAGGUCGCCGCCGGCCCCUCCCACCCGGCCUACUUCGAGAUGAUCAAGGAGGCGAUCGCGGCGCUCAAGGACAGGACCGGGUCCAGCUCGGUCGCCAUCGCCAAGUACAUCGAGGAGAAGCACGGCAAGUCCCUCCCGGCCAACUUCAAGAAGAUGCUCUCCGUCCAGCUCCGCGCGUCCGCCUCCAAGGGCAAGCUCGUCAAGGUCAAGGCCUCCUACAAGCUCUCCGACGCCGCCAAGAAGGACGCGCCCAAGCCCAAGCCCAAGGCCAAGCCUGCCGCCCCCAAGGCCGCGGCGAAGCCCGCAAAGGAUGCCGCCAAGCCCAAGAAGAAGGCGGCCGCGAAGCCCAAGAAGGCCGCCGCCGCCGCUGCUGGCACGAAGCGCAAGGCGCCGGAGAAGAAGACGCUGGUCGCCAAGGCCAAGAAGUCGCCCGCGGCCAAGGCCAAGGCGAAGCCCAAGACCGUCCGCUCCCCGGCCGCCAAGAAGGGCCGCAAAGUCGCCGCCGCUUGA